AUGUCAGCCCUCGAAGCUUUUGUAAAUGAACAAAAGAAAAAGGCAGGAGGAAGUGGUUUGAGCGGUGGGCUUGGUUCAUCGUCUUUCAGCUCGUUUGGUGAAUUGAGGAGCAAACUCAGUUCUUCCUUGAGCGGGCUACCCCUCCUGUCGCGUUCGGAGACAGCUGAUUCAGAAUCGCUGACUGGUGAGCACGUUGGUGAUGGACAACUGCCGAAUACAAAGAACAGAAAGAAUGGUGGUUGGUUUUCAUCUGGAGAUGAAGGCUUCUUUGGAAUGUCACGCACGCAACGAAUAUUUGCCUUUUUUCUUUCGUUACUGGGCUCAAUAUUCUGUUUCUCAACGGUAUGUCAUCAUUUUUAUAAUUUUUGUUAA